AUGGCGACCCCCACGCCGGCGGCGGCGGCGGUGCCGCUCCCGCAGCUCGUGACGGACGGCUACCGCGCGACGACGUUCGAGUACGAUCCCGGUCCGGACGCGGAGGCGCGAGGGAUCCCGGGGAAGCGCGAGUGGAUCGAGGUGUUUCGCGCGUCUGUGCCCGAAUUUCGCAAGCGCGCGGCGUCGGACCCGCGCGUCGCGGACGCGGCGUCGCUCGCGGACGCGUUCGCGGCGGCGUUCGACGAGACGUUAAACGCGAUCCUCCGCGGCGACCACGCGGGCUUAUUCGACGGCGAACCCACGGUCCUGAAGCUCUGCGCGCUUCGCGACGCGGCGCUUCGCGAGCGCGGGUUCGAGGACUGCUUCGCGGACGUCAAAGCCGAGGAGAACGACGCCGCGCUCGUCGUCCUCCCGAGCGUCCUCGCGGAGAUCGACGGCAUCCUCGACGCGCGCGAUCGCCUCCUCGCGCUCGUGCGAGGCGCGUUCGCCGGGAACGUGUUCGACCUCGGCGCCGCGGCGUCCGCGAAGAUGCACGCCGACGGAGACGCGGGGUUCCACGCCACGCGCGCCGCGCUCAAACCGCGGCCGUGGUGCGUCGACGACUUCGACGCGCUCGCGGCGAAGUGGGUGGGGGGCGACGAGGACGAGGACAAGGACGGGGAUGAAAAAACGGCUGCUCGUCGCCCGUUUCCCUAUAAGAAAUGCGUGAUGUUCGUGGACAACGCCGGCGCGGACGUCGUCCUCGGGAUGCUGCCGCUCGCGAGGGAGCUGACGCGGCGCGGGUGCGACGUGACGCUCGCCGCGAACGAGACGCCGUCGAUCAAUGACAUCACCGCGCGGGAGCUAGUGCCGUUGAUUCGCCGCGUCGCGGAGUUCGAUCCGGCGACGCGCGCCGCGGUGGAGGAAGGGAGACUGCGCGCCGUCUCCAGCGGGAGCGACUUGCCGGUGAUCGACCUGACGAAGAUUUCCCCGGCGGCGGCGACGGCGGCGGCGGGGGCGGAUCUGAUCGUGUUAGAGGGGAUGGGGCGCGCGAUCGAGACGAACUUGAACGCGAGGUUCACCGUGGACGUCCUGAAGCUCGGGAUGGUGAAGCACCCGGAGGUGGCGACGUGUUUGGGGGGGACGCUGUACGACUGCGUGUGCAAGUUCGGGUAA